AUGCGAUGUCCUGUUGGUUGUCCCAAAGGACCCUAUUGUUUCAUUGACGAUGAAGAUCCUGAGAAAACGCACUACAAGUUGUACACUCCAUAUCUUCGACAACUCGUGAAGCAUAAGCUUGAAGGGAAAAGGUUUGACUCACACGCUGAUAUCCCCGAUGGCCUUCGCAAAGAUCUUUAUGCCGAAGCAGAAAGGGCAAAUGCCCGCAAGCGCACGGCCCGAGCUCUUUCUCCAGCAGGGCCUGUGCCGGUUACCAUCAACAACACUUUCCCUGAACAGUUAACCGCCGGCUCAUCGUCGACAACUGCUCUGCAAUCACGCUACGACGACGCCGUUUACAAAGAAGCAAUUGUCGCGGCAGAACGCCUUGUACAAGACCGCAUGCUUGGUCUGGAUCACCUCCAUGAGCCUCCUUCCCUUGCUGAAGAUCUCCAGGCCGAUCGGCUAAGUCGAGACCUUGCUUUGCCGCACUUCACUUCGCUAAAAGGGAAAGUGUCUUCGCGAGCCGUGUAG